AACAACAAGAAGAUAUUGUAUAGCCACAAGUUCCAAUGUCUAGUAAAAGUAGCAACCAAACUUCAAGCCAAUCUUCUGAAACACCCCAUUCCAGCUGUCCAGCCUCAUCUACUGAAGAAAAGUUGGUGGAAUGUCCUAUUUGUUUUACUACUUUAAAAGAUUCCUUUGUAACUCCUUGUCAACACACGUUUUGUUAUGAAUGUAUAUCCAAACAUUUGGAAACCAAAAGCAGUUGUCCCUCUUGUGGACGAUAUUUAGUGAUGAGUCUCUUGAAACCCAACUAUGAAGUCGAUGAAGCAGUCAAGCUAUACGAAGAAAGAAAGCGAAAGAAACGUAGUCGAAGCAAUUCCUAUCCUUUAGCUGCAGAUUUACAGCAAUUGAUGUGUCAAGUGGAUAGUUUAUCAGCAGAAGAAUUGACUGCACUCAUUGAAGACUUGAAAAGUAAAAAGGAGCAACGAGAGAAAACAGAAAAGCGAGAAGAUCAAUUCUUGCUAUUUGAAUUCUUACAACAAGCAAUAUCUAAGAAAGAAUCCACUGUUAAACGUUUAGAAGAAGAGUUGCAAGUAUUAUUACAAAGUCGAAAUUAUUUGGAAUCCGAAUCUCCAUUAUUACAAGAAUGGAAAGACAAUUGGUUAGAAGAACAUAUGCACAACUCUUCUUCUCUGCAUAUGAAUAGGCGACAACGUAUUAUGGAACAUUUUGACUAUUUAGAAGAUCGAUUUUAUUCUUUGCAUUCACAAGAAAGAAAGUCAUCUGAUUCUGAAACGAGUUGCAUUGGAGCAGUGCUCGAUACUUUUCGAGAAGAUUUGUAUAAAUUUUCCAAAUAUUCGGGUUUACAUUGUAAAGCUAUUUUGAAACAUGCAGAGAUACCGAACAUUUCGAAUAUCAUUUCGAGUAUUGAGUUUGAUAGGGACUCGGAAUAUAUUGCAACUGCAGGUGUUACUAAGAGAAUUAGAAUAUUUGAGUUUGGAAGUAUAUUAGAGUCAGUCUUGGAUACGCAUUAUCCUGUGAAAGAAAUGGUUUCUUCAACCAAAUUGAGUUGUCUUAGUUGGAAUUCUUAUAUUCAUAAUCAUCUUCUUAGUAGUGACUAUGAAGGUGUUGUAACAUUAUGGGAUGCGAUAACAGGCCAAACUUUGAAUGAGUUUGAAGAACAUGAAAAGCGUAUUUGGUGUGUUGACUUUUCUAAAGUGGAGCCUACGAGGUUUGCUUCUGCUUCAGAUGAUGGAAAGGUGAAGAUUUGGAGUAGUUUACAGUUGAAUUCUGUAGCAACAAUAGAGAAUAGAGCAAAUGUCUGUUGUGUUCAAUUUCAUCCUACAAUGGAACAUUUGAUAUCUUUUGGUUCAGCUGAUCAUCAAGUUUAUAUGUAUGACUUGCGUCAAACCAAACAAGCAUUGCAAGUAUUAAGAGGUCAUCGAAAGGCAGUCUCUUAUAUCCAAUUCUUGAAUGGUUUUCAUUUGGUCAGUGCCUCAACAGAUAAUACAUUAAAGUUAUGGAAUGUAUCCCAGUCUAGUGUCGUACAAAGAAGUUUUCAAGGACAUCGAAAUGAAAAAAACUUUGUUGGAUUAUCGACGAAUGAAGAAUAUAUUGCAUGUGGAAGUGAAAAUAAUGCUGUUUAUGUGUAUUAUAAGGAAAUAAGUAUUCCCAUGUUAUUGUAUCGGUAAGUAUUCUUAUUAUCAUCAUGAUAUAU